AGGUGCUGAGGUGGGAGUGCUGAAGGCAGCGCCCUCCGGGGCGCGCUGCUGCCAUGUUUUGUCGGCCUUUUCUUCUGUGAAGAGUUUCCUCCCAACGGCCGACCUAAGCUGCCCCGGCGCAGCUUGAGGCCUUGAGGCUAUUUAAUCUUGUCCUGUCGCUAGCUGCCUAGGAAAAAAGUGCCAUCGCCCACCAUCCCACAAGCUCCUCUCAAAUAGCUGUAGAGAGCUAUGCGAUAUCGCUGAACAUCCUUUUGUCCAGGCUAAACAACCCCAACUCCCUCAGCUGGAUUUUACCAUCGGGACCUAAUAUUGAACCAGCAUAGCCCGAAACCCCCAUGUAACUUCGAUGAAUAGAAAACACCUUUUAUGCAUCUGAGUGAUAGCAACAAUUGUGAUGAUUCGGAUUUGCUGUGGAGUAACAUUGGUACAAUGCUGACAGAUGACCUGCAGCCUCCAAAACCUCCUCUUCAGAUGGACUUGUGGCCUCCGACCCAUGGUGUCUGAAUCCAUACCUCAUGACUCCGGCACAACACGCGUCGUGGGUGGUGCAGAUGCCAAGCCAGGGGCCUGGCCCUGGAUCGUCAGCAUCCAGCAUCCCUGGUUACCAGGCACAAAGCAUUUCUGUGGAGGGUCUCUCAUUAGUGCAGAAUGGAUCCUCACAGCAGCCCACUGCUUUGACAAGAUCAAGAAAAUCGGCAUCUUGAAUGUGGUGAUUGGGGCCACCCAGUUGACUCAGCCAGGCUCUGGGGCACAAGUGCGCAAGAUUAAGAACCUAUUUCGUCACGAGAACUAUAAGAGAAGUGAUAUAAGUAAUGACAUUGCCUUGCUAGAACUGAAUGAGCCUGUCCAGUGCAGCCCUUACAUCCAGCUGGGCUGUGUGGCUGACCCCACCGUAAGCCUGUCAGAGCUGCAGAACUGCUGGAUUGCUGGCUGGGGUACAACCACAGAAGGAGACGAAGACUCAAGUGAUGACCUGCAGGAGGCCAAGGUCCAGCUCAUCAAUGUCCAGCUCUGCAACAGCAGUGGCUGGUAUGCAGGGAAAAUCCACACCCACAACUUGUGUGCUGGUUACCCACAGGGUAACAUCGACACCUGCCAGGGUGACAGUGGUGGUCCUCUCAUGUGCCAAGACAACCAUGCCGACUCCUGGUGGAUUGUUGGAGUGACCAGCUGGGGGACAGGCUGUGCCAGAGCAAAGCUGCCCGGAGUCUACACCUCCUCUCAGUACUUCUAUGACUGGAUUCUGGCCCAGAUGGGGCUGAGCCCAUUUGGAAGUGCUUCCUGAACAGCAGAGUGGGCAGCAUCAAGGGCAUACUGCAGUGCAGAGCAAGUGUUUACUGCUGGAGCAAUGCCUUCUGAUCCAAAGGCAGCCUCAGGGUCAAAACCCUGCUCUGUCCUGACCACACUCCUCUCCUCUGUGCAUGCAGACCCUGGAGAUGACUUAGGUGUUGAAGUAAAGCUGCCAGUCAUCCCAGGGAAUCAUCUUUUUGACUGAAUUCUGACUCCUGGGCAAAGCAAGGACUUCCACGGUCAGCACCUGCAGAAUGAGCCUGGGGGCACAAAGGGACAGAGUGGCUGCAAGGAGCUCCAAAGUGCCUGGUCAGAGAGGAGAGGGCCCUGAGCCUCCAUGGGCUGGAGGAACCUGGUACAUCAAGCCUAGCAAGAGCAUAGGAAAAAAGCAGAUAGCUUGGGGGGGAUGCUCAAAUGCACAUGGGCUGCUGAUUAGGGCCUGGUGAGAGCCUGGGCUAAGGGAACAGAUCUGGGAAACUCCCAAGCAUGACAAGGGAAACUCCUGGCUCCUGACUGGAGUGCCAGUGCCCCAAGGCAGAGCUCCCUUCACAGGCAGCAAAGGGGGAUUGAUGUUUGAGGUGGUCACACUUCACAGAUACCCAAAGGAAGAGCUGGGGUCAUUCUGGGGAGAGGAACCUGGCAGGAACAGUAGGAGAGGACACCAGGAAUUCCGUGGAAGGCCAAGGUGAGUGGGCCAAUGCCCCCUGCAACACCAAGGCUGUUCACAGGCAUGGCCAACCUGUGAGCCAGGGGAAAUGAUGCCUGGGCUUGGCUCCAUAUUUGGGAGAAGAUGAGAGCAGAGAAAGGGAGGGGUCGAGGAAGAUGAGAGGGCUGUAUAAACAUGGCCAGUGGAGAGAAGGAGCAAUCAAAGAGCCAGCUGCAGAGACACAAAUUGCAGCUUGGUGUGCUGGUUUGCCUGAGUUUUGCACAUCACCACCACAGGAUGGGCAAGAAAUUUCUUUUCUUCACUUGCUAAUUAACAAAUCAUCUAUAAACUGUACAAAUUUGCACCCUAAUUUUAAACUCUUUCAAUCAAAUUUUGAAACUGGGAGCUGCAGAGGGAGAAUGGUAGUGGAUCUUGGGAUGCCUUGGGGAAGACAUGUGCCAAGUACAUUCUCUUGGCUUCCAGGCCAAUGGAGUUCUGUUUCACAGCGGGUAGCACUCUUCCAUUUGUGUUAAUCAAGAUGGGCUGUGCUGAGAACAGCCAUUCCACAUCUGCACUGGUCCCUGCCAUCCUGACUUAAGUCAGGGGCUGCUGGCUCACUAAAGACAUUAAGUGCAAGAGUGUCACUCAAGGCUGCAGAAGGCCAUUACUCUGCCCAGUGAGGAGACCAUCUUAGAGUCACCCAAUCGCUCUAGCACAACUUUACUGUGCUGUCUUGGUAAAAUUCUGCUGCCCAUAAGAAUUUCUGUCAGUGUUGCACAAGCUCAGCCACAGGUGUCCUCUGAACUACAACAAGAAUGUUAUAAAUGAUCAGCCAGAAAUCCAAAUUAAUAAAUGCAAAAGUUUUUAUUUUCACUACCAAAAUACAGUCCUCAAAAAGCCAUAGCCAAAGAGACAGUGUCGAACUCGGAAUCGGUGCUGGGUGAACCUAGAUCCAACCUCUAUCACAUCAGAUCUCCCUCUGUUCAAGAAUGUCAUUUCCAGCAGGGCUCUUUUAUACAGUUUUUUAUGCCUGAGGCAGAGGUGCCCCGAUUUCUUUUGUAACCCCACAUAUGUAUGAAGAUUUCUUUCACUGUGCAGGACAGGACAAUUGCUGUUUCCUGAAUAGUGGCAAGCGCUGAUCAUGUCAGGGGAAGUACU